CGGCAAAGAGGGUAAUGACUGUAACAGUUUUCAGCACUGAUGGUAGCAGAGAACCAUGCUCGUAUGACGUCAGUGUGCCAAAAUUUGGGACUCUGAGUGAUCUUGUUCAGGCUUUAAGCAUUGUUUGCCUACUUGGAGAUGAUGAGAUCCUGCUGGUUACAGAGGUCUAUAAUAACUGCAUCAUCCGAUACUUGGAGGAGCCUUCAGAUUCAGUUUCAUUGCUGAGGGAUGGAGAUAAACUAGCAGCAUACCGUCUACCCAAAAGACAUGAGAAAUCCCCCCUUGUGGUUUUUACACACCAACAUUUUGUCCAGCAUUCUAGUGAUGGUAAUUUAACUCCACAAAUGAGGGAGUUUGAGGCCCCACUUUUGGCAGCACUUCCAGAGGAAAUUAGUGGAUUAUCUCUUCAGGAUAUCUACCUAAAGUUGUUGAGUCCAUUUCAACUUUCCAACGGGGCUAGUUCGCUUAAUGAUUGUAUGGAGUCUAAUAGUGACUCCGUCGAUACGCCUUCUGAUUCAGGCAGUAUCAAUUUUCAGAACAGCCAAUUGGAAGAUGGCCCUGAAAGCAACCACUGUAGUGCUAGUGAAUGUGAAGUAACAAAAGGACCUGAUGAUUUAUACGAUGGGGUUUCUGGUUCUAACAAGGAAGCACAUAUGGACUUCGAAUUUUAUUUAAAAAGUGAAAGGGGCGAGGGCCAGCAACAGAAGAUAGAAAUUAAUGAGCUCCAUUUAUUAUUGGAGACAGCACCAAGCCGGUUGCAUGUGAAUGUCCACUGGCUACAGAAUGCUUCAAGAAAAUAUGCCACCUCAAUGCUGAACAAUCUACCUGAGAUCCACAAGCUCGAGCUUAUCCCGAAAGGAACUGAAGAUUCUGUUGCACUACAUGGUUGUCUGGAAGCCUUUCUAAAAGAGGAACCGUUGGGGCCGGAGGACAUGUGGUAUUGCCCGCGCUGCAAGAAGCAUCAGCAAGCGAUGAAGAAACUGGAUCUGUGGAGGCUGCCCGAGGUUCUGGUGAUCCACCUCAAACGGUUCUCCUACACCCAGUUCACAAGGAACAAGCUGGAGACGUUCGUCGACUUCCCCUAUGAGCGAGGACAGCAUAAAGACCCCGGCUGCCUAUGUUCUGUUCUACAGACGAGAGUGACUGACUGGGGAUUGAAGCGCAUUUUUCUGCAGGUGGGUUUUGGUCGGCAAUCCAGAGCAGACUGCCUCCCUACACAGUUUGCUGCUUCAGGCGUGUCUGAGUUUUCUAACGUUUCGGCAUUUGAAUCUCUCAAGCCAUACUGACGCCUACCGGUGAUACAACAACAUUAUGUACAGAUUCAUCUGCCAACAGGAGAGAGAGAGAGAGAGAGAGAGAGAGAGAGAGAGAGAGAGAGAGAGAGAGAGAGAGAGAGAGAGAGAGACCUAGCUCAGUGCAAUAUUCUUUUUUUCGCAUCAGCUCACAGUAUUCUUAUAUGGGUAGUACAUGGACCCCACCCACCCGCACACACCAACAUUGUAAUUCCUCCGACUUCAACCGGUGAUCACAUCACAUUCACCAUUAAAGAAAGGGUCAAUAGAC